GGGGAGGGACGGCCCGGGCCGCGCAUGGAGGCGCGCUCCGCCGCAGGCGCUAUCUACUAGGAUGUUGUCCUCCUAGGUUUCGGGAACCCUGAAAAUGCCGUUACAAUUAGGACUGUUGCCGGGAUGGGAGCUGUCUCUUUACUUGUUCCUUUCCUUCGGCUUUCAUUUUUAUUCCUUUUAUGAAGUCUUCCAAGCCUCUCGAGAGUAUGAAGAGGAACUUGAUAGAGAAUUUGAGCUGGAAACUGAUUCACUGUUUGGAGGAUUUAGAAAGGAUCCGAUGGAUUUUGAAUGGAAUUUUUGGAUGGAAUGGGGUAAAGGAUAUAUCCUGUGGCUUCUUUUCGGUCACCUCACGGUAUCACAGCUGUCCAGCCUUUACAUGGAGAAGUACAAACCCUGGUUUCUGAUGGUGUAUGGCAUGGCAGCCUGUUGGUUUCUGCUUGGUACCAAUGGUUUGGCAGUGAUUUUUCUACAUGUAACUUUCUCGUACGGAGUGGCUCAGUUUAAGAACCCCUUUCUGAUGUGGCUGGGCUCAUUGCUCCUGUUGUCAACUUUGCACAUGUCUGCCCUGGAAGAAAUAAAGAGAGGCUGGUAUGCCAGUGAAAGUGAAUACUACUUGCUUCUUUUCACCCUGACUGUCCGCUGCCUCUAUUACACAAGCUUUGGUCUAGAAUACUGCUGGUACAGGUCUGCCGAAAUGACUCAUCACCCAUUCCUUUGGAUGCUGGCUUAUGUCUUCUAUUAUCCUGUCUUUCACAACGGACCCAUUAUUACCUUCGAUGGAUUUUAUAAACAGAUGAACAAACAAGAAUCCUGCAGUUUGAAGUUCAACCUCUGGGUUUUCAUCAGGGCUUCCGUUCGUAUUUUGCUUUGGUGGUGGCUGGCAGAGUUGAUGAUUCACUUUAUGUAUAUGCAUGCCAUCUGCAGCAGUCCUUCACACCUGGAAGCAGUGACCUACUGGACCUUAGGUGGGCUGGCGUUGGCUCAGGUCCUCUUCUUUUAUGUGAAAUACCUCGUCCUUUUCGGUGUUCCCGCACUUCUUAUCCGAAUGGAUGGGCUGAAGUCUCCCGACUUGCCACGCUGUGUGAGCACCAUGUACAGUUUUUCCAGAAUGUGGAGAAGUUUUGAUGUUGGACUGCACACAUUUCUUGUCAGGUACAUUUACAUCCCGAUGGGAGGAUCCCACUGCAGCAUCUUUAAGAUGUUGUUCUCCACAGCAAUCACAUUUGCUUUUGUAAGCUAUUGGCACGGCAGCUAUAGCUACCUUUGGUCCUGGGCGAUACUUAAUUGGCUCGGAGUAGCAGCCGAAAAUGGAGUGAAGAGGCUGGUUUCUCUUCCAGCUGUCCGUGACUUAAUUAACAAUUUUUUGUCCCCAAGAGGCUGUCGGCGACUCCAUGCAGCUCUGGCAUCUGUGUCUACCAUGUGGUUGAUUUUCUCCAACCUUAUCUUUCUUGGAGGGAAUCAUGUUGGCAGAAUCUACUGGAACAGGAUCUUCAUAGAAGGCUGGCCAUGGGUGACACUCUCUGUUUGGGGAUUCCUCUAUUGCUACUCUCAUGUUGGGAUUGAAUGGCAACAGACUUACUCCAGGCAUUAGCAGUUAUUUGAAGGGAUGCCCUCUAGACCUCUCAAGAAGGGACCUUUGGCCUAUGAACCCCAUCUUGGGUCUCUCAGUGUUCAAUGCCAUACCAGUAUCCUAGUGUAUCCUGAAGUGCCGCCCAUCAGGAGGCAUGGGAAUUUCUCAUCCAUAUGCAUUUGCCAAAGCCAAACCCUUUGAAACUCUGGAAGUCAUUGUAAGAUACAUUGGGGGGGGGGCGUUAAAUCAAUGCUAAUGUUUUUAAAAUGUAUUUGUCUCUCAAGAUGCUAUUUGUAGAUCAUAACUAUUUGGAGAUAUGUUUUUAAUGUGGAUUUUUUUAAAAAAAAACACAGACAUGGGUAUGGGGAUGUGGGUGAUCUAAACGACUGAGCCUCUUGAGCUUGCUAAUCGUAAGGUUGGCAGUUCAAAUCCACACAGCGGUGGUGAGCUCCCAUUGCUCUGGCCCACCUCCUGCCAACCUAUCCGUAGCAGUUCGAAAGCAUGCCAGUGCAGGUAGAUAAAUAGGUACCACUGCAGCAGGAAGCUAAACAGUGUUUCUGUGUGCUCUGGCUUCCGUCAUGGUGUUUCAUUGCACCAGAAGCGGUUCAGUCAUGCUGGCCACAUGACCCAGAAAGCUGUUCGCGGGCAAACACCGGCUCCUUUGGCCUGAAAACGGAGAUGAGCAUUGCACCCCAUAUUCGACUAGGAGCAGUUUCCAAAUUCGACUGGAUUUAACCAUCCUGGGGUCCUUUACCUUUACCUUUACCUAAUGUGGAUAUGUAUGACUAUAUAAUCUGGUAAAUUCCCAAGACCCAGCCAAAGUUAAGCAUGUGAACCGCCCUGAGGAACGGGUAUAGGGCGGUAUAUAAAUUCAAUAAAUAAAUAAAUUUUUGAGAUUGGAAUCCUAGCAGGGGGUAGGAAAAGGCAGUUUAUCCACUUUCAUUCUCCUUCCUCCCACCAUUUUUUGGGAUUGCCAUGAAGGUAAUAUUGGCAAAAAUAAAAAAUACAAAACACCUCCAAACAGUGUUCUAGUACCAUUUUUACAUCCCUCACCCUCAAAAUCCCAGGAGUAAAUUACCUGGAAGCAGGAUCCUUUGAUUUUCGAAUUUUUGAAGAGAAGACGAUUUUUGGAUACUGUUAUCUUUCGUUACUCGUUAUUUCACGUGUUUUUAGGAGGGAAAAAAUGUUUACAGAUUCUGUUGCGAUAAUAUCUUGUACUGAUUUGGUCUUUACCCCCCCUGGUGGUUGCAUGUCGGAAGGUGUGAACUACCGAGUGUCUUGGCUCACUGUAAGACAUUUCUCAUGACAUGUUAAGCCAACCCCUUUUCGCUGCUGCACCAGGCUGCACUAAACCAUAGUUUGGCUUAGCAUGUCAUCCAAACAAGGCUUAUAUAUAAAGGCUUACAACUAAAUCCAGAAUCGUUCAUUUGGAAUCACAUUCACAGAAGAAGGUUGAAAAUUUGAGUAAAAAAGUGAAAUGAAAGAGAAGAGGUUGGAGAAAGGAUUAGGGCUGAAUAAAAGGUUGGUACAGUAAAUAGUCUCAGGUUAUUUUUUAAUUGAUUGACACUGUUGUAGCAAAAUGGAUGCAAUAUAAAUGUUUAAAACCUACCACAAAACCUAGUUUGAAAGCAAGCCCAUACCUUUAAGUAUUUACACCAUCAGCCCAUCUGCUCUUAGGCCAUGGAAUAAAAAUGACAGAACCUUGGCCCAAAAUGGCAUGCUAAUAGGACUCUAUUCUGGCCUACUGCUUACUUCACUGACAGCUACUCCUUUGAGGCCAAGGUUGUGAAUCUAACGGAGAUAAUUUGUUCUUUUGGCAUGUGAACCUCUGGCCUGUGUCACCUCUCUUGUCUCCAUGUGACAUCUCCAUCUGGCUGUUGUGUACUCAGGAAUUAGAGUGGCAAUAUCAUUUCACCAAAAAAGCAUUUAUGAAAUUCCUAGAGGGGCACAUCAGAAUUCCAAUCUGGUAAAUAUGUGUGUCAGCAAACUGGUAUUGGGAAUAGGGUGGUCACUUCCGCAUUGCCGCCCCCCCCAAAGAGCACAGUUUUGCAUAUAAUUUGCUUGACUCAUCUGCAGAAAUGCAAAUUUAGAAAUAAGUACUUUAAUCGAAACAGAAAUGCAUUUCACCAUAGAAGGGAAGACUGUGAGCUCCCUGUUUGCUCAGUCUGCCGUUGAAGUGUUUCUCACAGUUGAUGGGCAGCUUUGAGGCCCUCAUGCCCUUCCUAGAAUUCUUUAUCUUUAAAUGGCAGUGUCAGGGACUGGAUUCAAGAGGAAUGUUGGGGACCCCCCCCCUUUCUCCUGAACCUUCCCAAGAACAGUAUAGAUUUAGAACAGUGGUUUGCAGAAGGUCAUAGUUCAGAGGCUGUAGAGGGGAGAGACUGGAAAACAGUGGAGCAGGAAGAAGAAGCACCAGGGGGGAGACAGUGGAUAGACUCAGUGUCUUUGGAAAGCAUUCCUGACCCCCCCCCCCUCAGGACCAGGCGAGCAUUGAGGAUAGUCAGACAGAAAGCUCAGAUUAGCUGAUGCAGGCAUGAUGUAGAAUAGGAGAGACAGAGGGGGUGGGACCUUACUCAGAGCAACGCCAUUAUCAUAGGAAGACUUCAUUCCUUCAUUGGUCUCUGUGAAAUAUACAAUAAAUUGCUUGGUAAGAACGUUUAUUGUUUAUCUGCUUCUUGGCUGCCACCGUAGGAGGGAUCGGAUUCCCUGAAGCCUGGCAGGCAGUUGGAGCAGGAAGUCCCUUGAAUAGAGGAGAGGCCUGUCGCCUCAUAGCCCUUCAGAUAGAGCAGGGUGGUCCAACAUGCCCUCAAGGCCUUUCUUGGCCGCCUUCAGCAACAUUUGACAACUCUCUACCCACACCUGUAGCACUGCCUUCCCAAAGCUGCAUAAGGAGGUGGUCUUUAGGAAGGUGGCGUGAGGGCUCUGAUAGGAUCCUAGGGUUCUCCACCCUCCUUGUUAGCACUUUCCCAUCCUUGGGAAGGGGGGGGGGACUCUAAGACCUGCCAGAGCCUUGCACCUCCUCCUCAAAGCCCAGCGCAUCUCUCAGCCAGCACAAGGGCGGGGCGCAUCAAAUUUUGGCAGCAGGAGGGCUGGCAGGGACAUCAAAAUUUGAUACGUGAGACGAGCCUGAGAUCCAAGCAAAUCUCUCCAUUGCACUACUCUAGAAGAGCGGCAGACUGCUGCAACAAGUUAGCAUAAGGCAAUUGCCAUUUUGCAACAGUUCUAUUGGUACAAUCAGACUAAUUGGUGCGCUCUCUCAUUCUGCCUUGAUUACAAAUUGUGCACUAAGCUUUGCCCCCAUAUCGGUUUCACAUCGGAGAAUGAAAAGCUUCUUAGUUUGACUAAUCUGCUCAAAGCAGGUCAAAGCAGGACGGAAGCUUAACUUCUUUAAAAAGAAAAAGAAAUCCAUGAAAUAGUCAAUUAUAACAAUAGCAUCAUGAUGUUCUUUUUGCUUGAGUAUACAUCAAUUUACAUAUGCCCUGAACUUGGUGUUUCUGGUUUGUUCUGUAGGUCACUCGAUUAUGCAAAUUUUCCCCAGAACUUUGGAGCAAUGCUUUUUUACAAAACUUCUGACUAGUUUGCCAUUAAAGCCCACCUACCUAAAGGAGUCCGUAUGGCAGUAGAGAGAGUGCUGAGCAAGGACUAGGAGACCUACGUAGAUCAAAGGGAGAGAACCCUUUUCAGACCAAGGGCCACAUUCCCUUUUUUCUCAACCUUCUGAGGGCCACAUGCCAAUGGGUGGGGCCACGGCAAAAGUGGGGAGGAGCAACAGAGGGAGGAUGCCCCCCAAAAGGGGCAAAUGUCCAUUAGCCAAUUUCCUUAGUGAAAAGUUGUAAGCUGAUGCAAAGCAAGAAAUCCAACACAUAUUAAUAUGUGAGAGGCAUUUGCAUUGCAGAAAAUAUUUGUGCUGAAGGCAAAUAGAAGGCACCCCUGAGCCUUGAGGAAAGCAGGACCUAUGUUUCUGUAAAAUAACACAGCCUACACUCUUAGGGUAACGAGGCUGCCAUCUUUUCUUCUUGUUGGGGUUUUUUUUUUUUAACACUGAAAUUAAAAUACUGCCGGUUAGGUGCACUUGGCUCCCAUAGCCCUUUGCCUGCGGACUGUGUUACGUCAGGCUGCCUAACAAGAUGUGUCCCCAGCUGAACGCAGGGAUGAAUCACCUACAACUGGAGCUUAUUAUGGAUGGAUCAUCAAAACUAGUGUGCUCCCUGCCUUGGGGCAGGCCGUGACAGCUCCCAGCAAGCAAGCUUCUUGGAGAUGUCACUUCGAGACCCAGGAGAAAAGGAGCGAGGCGAGGAAUGCACUCUGAUUGUAGUACGACAGACACCCGUUGGGGCCAAGCUGUAGAAUGAUGUUGUUUUCAUAUCACUCGUACAUUCACCUGCCCUUUGGAAAGAGGAGAACCUCAAAUGCCAUCUAGCCCAACCCCCCAGCCAAUGUAGGAAAUCCAUUGCUGUAGUAUCAUUCAGCCUUUGCUAACAAGAACCUGUAAGGCUGUAGAUCUCUUUCUGGGCAGGGACAUUAAGAGCAAGUCCUUGAUCGGUCACCUUCUCAUGGCAGCUUGAUUAACAAGAGCUGAAUCCUGGAGGUGCCUCGAAUGAGCAACUAUUGACUAGUGAUAUUGGUAAGUGUGGCUUUUGGCUUACAUAAAUGAAAAAUUGACAAGUAAAUUAAAAAUGAUACCAUGUUAUCACAAAAAUGAUUAUUAACAAGGUAUUAUUUUGUUGCUUUUGUAAAUUUAAAAGACAAUAGCCCAGAGCCCAUCAUCACAUUCUGUGAGAACUUGAGAGAACUCAAGAGGGCUUCACAUGAUUCGAUUUAACAGUUUGCUGAAGUGCUGCUUUAAAUUUUUUUCUUUCUCAUGCGGUCAGUCUUUUGCUUUCUGAAUUCCACAUCUCCAAGAAGAACAUCUGCUUCUUUGUAAUCGAAAGUCUCCUGUUUUGAGCCAAUGCAUCUGAAUCAUUCGUGGAGGAAGUAUCCACAUGUGUGGUCGUUUGUUUUAUUAUUGCUGAAAAUCAAUAAAAACAUUUUUUAAAGAAAAAAACAAAAAUGCUAAUGAAGAGGAGAGUCUCUCCUUCCAUGCACUGAUGCUACUUACCAUUUAUACAGCUUUUUUAAAAAUUGCAAGGAGAUUUUUGGACAUCUGUGUGUCUGAUCUCAGAAUGCCCUGGUGAGAGAUACUUUUCAAAGGCUGCCAUGGACCAGAAAUUCAAAGAAGUGUUGCUUUUUACCUUUUACACCCCUGCAAUGACUUUUGCUGCAGCUGUUUGGGGUCAAAUCUGCUGCCUCACAUCCCCUCCCUCUACCUUUGCUCUCUGCCUUCCUUCCAUCAAUUUAUUCUCUUUGCCUUUUGCUCCAUUUUAUUGAUGUAUGAAUUCGCUAACAAGCCAAUUUUAAUGUGCUUUUGUCGAUGUAUAAAGCCUUUGUAAGUCAACAAAAGAAGCCUGCCUUUGGUUUCUUAGCAAAUUGCCAGCCGGUGUGGUUCUUUCAGAAGUGGCAUCACAUGCUUGGCGUCCUACUCAGCAGCGAGACUGCUGCAUAUUCUACUAGCUACAGCUCUCAGUAGCUCGGCCUUGAGAUUACCAACACAUGGGCCACUGUGCCCCAGACACAUCGCUCCGAAUCCCCUGAGGACUCCUUCCAGUAGUUUCAUAUCAAUGAGGAACAGCACUGGGAGCAAAAUAAACCCCCCACAAUGUAACUGCCAAGGGGCUAAGGUCCAGGGGAAGGGGCUGUAGUUCCAUGGUGGAGCAUUUGCCAAGUUUGAAUCCCCAGCAUCUCCAUGUAGGGCUGGGAGAGAACCUUGUGUGGAAUCCUUGAGAGCCGUUGUCCUGCUACCAAUCAGAAUAGACAAUACUGAGCUAGAUGGACCAAUGGCCUGACUUCUAAGGCAGCUUUCUGCGUUCCUGUAUGCUGUGCCUUUUCUCAUUGAAGGAAAGGUUCCUUUGGCAUUGCAGACAUGUGCAAACACUAAAGGUUUGGGGUGAGGUGUUUGUUUUUUAAGCAGUACAGCUCAUCUGGAUGGGGACAUUUAAAAAAAAACUGUAGAAAAUAAGCCCCAAUCAAAUACUUCCCCUGGUGUAGAAUAAGACAUCUACACAAAAUCAAUUUUUC